AUGGAUGACCAGGGUUGGAUUGAAAGAUUGGACAAUCCCACUCUAAGCGUUCUUCCACAAGAUUUCCUACGUCCGCAACAGGCACCAUUUGUUGAGCAGGAUGUGUACUCGAUUAGCCUCCCCCAGCUGGACGCUGUGAGCUCCUCAAGAAACCCGUACCUGGUUACACUGACUGUUUGGGCUGCUUUACUGUAUAGAUUUACUGGCGACGACGAUAUCGUGCUAUACAUUGAUGGGAAUAAAGUGUUGAGAUUCACAAUUCAACCAUCAGUUUCUUUCCAGGAACUCUUCGAUUUAAUCAGAAAAGAGGUCGACUCACUACCAGGGUCACAAGAGCUAUCUUUCGAUGAGCUAUCCGAAACUAUACGCAAGGCUAAUGAUUUGGAGAGGUGCCCACAAUUGUUUCGUCUGGGUGUAGUCAGUAAUAAGUUUGAUUUCAAGUUGGACAACUUUAAGCAUCAUCCUAUGGAUUUGGCUUUGAACGUUGAGCAAAAGGAGGGUUUUACUUCUCUGCAGAUCAUUUACAACAAAUUUUUAUACUCGCCAGAAAGAAUAUCCAUUUUGGCAGACCAAAUUACUCAAUUUAUCACUCGUGUAGUUGAAGAGCCAUCUGUUUGUAUCACCAAAGUCUCUUUAAUUACGGAAAAGUCAAGCCAGGCAUUACCUGAUCCAACAGCAAACUUAGGUUGGUGUGAUUUCGUAGGGUGUAUUCAUGAUAUUUUUCAAGACAAUGCCGAAAAGUUCCCGGAGAGAUCUUGUGUGGUCGAAACUCCACCAUUUAAUUCAACCAAGACCCGCCAUUUUACCUAUCAAGACAUCAACCGUGCUUCUAACAUUGUUGCUCACUACUUGAUUGAUACAGGAAUCAAAACUGGUGAUGUGGUGAUGAUAUACUCUUCCCGUGGUGUUGAUUUGAUGGUGAGUGUCAUGGGUGUCUUGAAAGCAGGCGCUACAUUUUCUGUAAUUGAUCCUGCGUAUCCACCAGCAAGGCAGACAGUUUACUUAGGAGUCGCCAAACCCAAAGGUCUGAUUGUCAUCAGAACUGCUGGAGAACUAGACCAAUUGGUUGAAGACUACAUUAGUAAGACGUUGGAUAUUAUAACGCGUGUCCCUUCCAUUGCAAUUCAAGAUGAUGCUACUUUGCAAGGAUCGGUUGAUCCACAGAAAGAUAUUUUCGAGCCUUACGAACAUUUGAAGGAUACGCGGACUAAUGUGAUUGUUGGUCCUGACUCUAAUCCAACUUUAUCAUUUACUUCAGGCUCCGAAGGUUUGCCAAAAGGUGUUUUAGGUAGGCACUUUUCACUGGCUUACUAUUUCAAAUGGAUGUCAAAGCAAUUCAAUCUAUCUGAACAUGAUAAAUUCACAAUGUUAAGUGGUAUUGCCCAUGACCCAAUUCAAAGAGACAUGUUUACUCCGUUGUUCUUGGGUGCUCAACUUUAUGUUCCUACCCAGGAUGACAUUGGGACACCUGGAAGAUUAGCUGAAUGGAUGGGGAAAUAUGGUUGCACAGUUACACAUUUGACCCCUGCCAUGGGUCAUCUGCUAACAGCAGAAGCUACUACUCUGUUUCCGGAGCUCCAUCACGCUUUCUUUGUGGGAGAUAUUCUAACCAAACGUGACUGCCUGAGACUACAAACUCUGGCCGAAAACUGUAACAUCGUCAAUAUGUAUGGUACUACAGAAACUCAACGUGCGGUAUCAUAUUUUGAAGUCCAAUCGAGAUCAAAGGACGCAAAAUUUUUAAAAAAAGCUAAAGAUGUCAUGCCAGCAGGUAAAGGUAUGUUAAAUGUCCAAUUACUGAUCGUAAAUAGAUACGAUAGUGCGCAAGUUUGUGGUAUAGGUGAGAUUGGUGAAAUAUACGUUCGCGCAGGCGGUCUGGCCGAAGGAUAUCGUGGAUUGCCCGACUUAAACAAGGAAAAGUUCGUUAACAACUGGUUUGUCGAUAAGGAUCACUGGAAGUACCUAGAUGUCGACAAGAAAGAGCCUUGGAGAAAAUAUUGGUUUGGACCAAGGGACAGACUUUAUAGAACCGGUGACCUUGGCCGUUACUUACCUGAUGGUAAUGCAGAGUGCUGCGGUCGUGCUGAUGACCAAGUUAAGAUCCGUGGCUUUAGAAUUGAAUUAGGUGAAAUUGACACAAAUAUUUCCCAGCAUCCUCUUUUAAGAGAAAACAUCACAUUAGUUCGUAAGAAUGCUGAUAAUGAACCAACCUUAAUUACUUUCUUGGUCCCAAGAUUUGACAAACCAAAAGAACUGUCUAAAUUUCAGAGUGAAAUUCCAGCUGAGGUAGAAUCAGAUCCAAUUGUAAAAGGUUUAGUUGGCUACCACUUAUUGGCUAAGGACAUCAAAGAGUUUUUGAAGAAAAGACUAGCAAGCUACGCAAUUCCCUCUUUACUAGUUGUUCUGGACAAAUUACCACUAAAUCCCAAUGGUAAAGUUGACAAGCCCAAAUUGCAAUUUCCAAGUCCGAAACAGUUGGAGUUGGUUGCCGCAAACAGCAAAUCAGAAAUUGACGAUUCCGCCUUCACGCCAGCUGAGCGUGAAAUUCGUGAUCUUUGGUUAAGUGUAUUGCCAACUAAGCCUGCGUCAGUCUCUCCGGAUGACUCUUUCUUUGACCUAGGUGGUCAUUCUAUCCUAGCGACAAGAAUGAUUUUCUCGUUAAAAAAGAAUCUGAACAUUGACCUACCACUUGGGAUAAUUUACAAGUUUCCCACUAUUAAGGCAUUUGCGGCAGAGGUUUCCAGGAUAAAAAACUCCGAAACGUCCUCAAAAGACUUUGUUGAGGUCUUCGAUUAUGCGAAGGAUGCAAAAGAUUUAGUUAAAGCUUUGCCCUCCACUUAUGCUUCCCGCGAACCAUUCGUAAAACCUUCUAUUGCAUCAGGCAACAAUAUUACAAUCAAUGCCUUUGUUACAGGAGCUACUGGAUUCUUAGGGUCUUAUAUUCUUGCCGAUCUACUCACUCGUCAAAUUCCAUUUUGUGAUAUCAAAGUCUUUGCUCAUGUUCGUGCUAAAGAUGAAAAAGCCGGUAUGGAAAGACUGGAAAAAGCCGGUAUUACAUAUGGUACGUGGUCUCACAAAUUUAUGUCCCGUGUUGAAGUUGUCUUAGGUGAUCUAUCAAAACCUCAAUUUGGAUUGAACUCUGAGAAAUGGGACAGACUCACCAAUGAAAUUGAUAUAAUUAUCCACAAUGGUGCUCUAGUUCACUGGGUUUUCCCUUAUAUCAAGUUGAGAGAUGCAAAUGUCGUAUCGAGUAUUAACGUGAUGAACCUGGCAGCAACCGGUAAAGCAAAGUUUUUCAAUUUUGUUUCAUCAACAUCAACCCUUGACACUGAAAACUACUUCUCGCUAUCAGAUAAAUUAGUUGCCGAAGGAAAACCAGGAAUUCCCGAGUCGGAUGAGUUGAUGGGGUCUGCAACAGGCUUAACUGGGGGAUAUGGACAAUCCAAAUGGGCUGCGGAAUACAUUAUUAGACAUGCCGGCGAGAGAGGUCUUCGUGGCUGCAUAGUAAGACCUGGUUACGUCACUGGUGCUUCGACGAAUGGUUCCUGUAACACCGAUGAUUUUCUACUAAGGCUUUUGAAGGGAUGUGCCCAAAUUGGUAAAAUACCCAAUAUCAAUAACAGUGUGAACAUGGUCCCUGUUGAUCACGUUGCUCGUGUGGUGGUAGCAUCUGCUAUUAACCCCCCUAUGGAAAAUGAGUUUACAGUCGCUCAAGUAACUGCUCACCCCCGUAUUUCCUUGAAGGAUUACCUAUAUCAAUUGAAAGAAUAUGGCUAUGAUGUAGAAAUUGUUGAUUACGAAUCUUGGGGUAAAUUUUUGGAAAAAUCAGUGGAAGAGGGAAAGGACAAUGCUUUAUAUCCAUUAUUGCAUAUGGUACUUGAGAAUUUACCAGCAGGCACAAGAGCACCCGAACUUGAUGAUUCUAAUGCAGUUUUAUCAUUGAAAAAAGAUAUUGAGUGGUCUGGUGAAGAUGUAUCUUGUGGGAAAGGUGGCACACCAGAGCAAAUUGCAAUUUACAUUGCAUUCUUGCGCAAAGUUGGAUUCUUGUCUGCUCCUUCAGGAGGAAAAGUCUUACCAAAGAUUACAAUCACCCAAGAGCAACUUGACUUGGUCGCUUCGGGAGCAGGGGCACGUUCAAGUUCUGCUACCAACUAG